AGGAAGCCUUUUUAUACCAAAUGUAAAUGACCCUCUCUGAUGUCUUGGUACAGUUGCAAAGUAAAAUCAUAUUUUAUUUUGAAAGAGCCAAACCGGAUGUGGUGUAUCUGUCACCGUGGGCUUCACAUCAAACAUCCUCCAUGCCCAUGUGAUGUGCGUCUGGAGUGUAGCUCCACAGUCUGGUGUUACGCGCGGUUUGUCUUUUUGUUGCUCCUGUAGAUGCAGCCUCCAGGCGGAAUGUGACUCCUUCUUACAGCUGAAUUAUCUUUCCUUCAGGUUGAUAACUUAGUAAACGGUUCGGAGGGUUUGUUCUGUUGUUGCUUAUCGUUAGCAUGCCCUGAACACAUCCGGACCUGAGUCAGUAUCAUCAGGUUUAUCCCUCUAAUUCACCUGGAUGCCGACAGUCACUUGGGUGGGGCUGACGCGGAUGACAGUACACGGGAGCCGAGCCCAGGGAUAAACCACCGCGCUCAGGAUCAGGGUUUAAAAGAAGGAGGGGGCGGAUUGUCGGCGGCGAAGCCAUGACCAAGUCCGAAUCCAAGAAAAGCAGCGUGGCAGCGAUCAGCGCCGCCGGCAAGUGCGCCACAGUCGCGUCCGCCGUCGAGCAGGUCAAGAACGGAUCCGUCGAGUCAGGCAGUCCGGAUCAGAGCGCGCACACCACCACCAGAGCCGGUGUGAUGAAGCAGACAUCCAGAGAGUGCCUGCACUGGAAAAACACGGAGUGCGAAGUCUAUGACGACGGGACCAACACCUUUUUCUGGCGAGCCCAUACUGUGACAGUGCUGUUCAUUCUGACCUGUGCUCUGGUCUACGUCACACUGUUGGAGGAAACACCCCAGGAUACAGCCUACAACACCAAGAGAGGUAUUGUGGCAAGCAUCCUGGUGUUCCUCUGCUUCGGUGUCACUCAGGCCAAAGAUGGACCCUUCACCCGACCACAUCCAGCUUACUGGAGAUUCUGGCUGUGCGUCUCCGUCGUCUACGAGCUGUUCCUGAUAUUCAUCCUGUUCCAGACCGUGCAUGAUGGCAGACAGUUCAUGAAGUACAUCGACCCCAAGCUCGGGGUAGCUCUCCCCGAGCGCGACUAUGGAGGAAACUGCCUCAUGUACGACCCGGGAAACAACACUGACCCCUUCCACAACAUCUGGGACAAGAUGGAUGGCUUUGUUCCAGCUCACUUCCUGGGGUGGUAUAUCAAGACUCUGAUGAUUCGCGAUUGGUGGAUGUGCAUGAUAAUCAGUGUCAUGUUUGAGUUCCUGGAAUACAGCCUGGAGCACCAGUUACCUAACUUCUCUGAGUGCUGGUGGGACCAUUGGAUCAUGGAUGUGUUGGUGUGUAACGGUCUGGGGAUCUACUGUGGCAUGAAGACCCUUGCCUGGUUGUCGAUGAAGCCCUACCAGUGGCAGGGCCUGUGGAACAUUCCUACAUACAAGGGGAAGAUAAAGCGUAUUGCAUUCCAGUUCACACCGUACAGCUGGGUGAAGUUUGAGUGGAAACCAGCUUCAAACCUCCGUCGCUGGCUCGCUGUGUUGGGAAUCAUCUUCAUGUUCCUUCUGGCUGAGUUGAAUACCUUCUACCUGAAGUUCGUGUUGUGGAUGCCUCCUGAACACUACCUGGUGCUGCUCCGUCUGGUCUUCUUUGUCAAUGUGGGAGGCGUGGCCAUGAGGGAAAUCUACGACUUCAUGGAUGACCCGAAGUUCCACAAGAAGCUGGGUCAGCAGGCGUGGCUUGUAGCAGCCAUCACAGUGACGGAGUUCCUCAUAGUGGUCAAGUACGACCCCAACACCAUCAUGCUGCCCAUCCCCUUCGUCGUCAUGCAGUGCUGGUUUCUAGGACUCAUCCUCAUCUUCACCUGGACCCUGUGGAGGUUCUUCAUCAGGGACAUCACACUCCGUUACAAAGAAACCCGCCGACGCAAACAGGAAGUCCCCUCAGACCGAGAGCGACCGCUGGGCAACGGCAGCACAGUGACGCCGUCUGGCCGGAGCAAACUGAACGGCAGCUCGGAGAUAAUCCGGCAGAGGAAGUCCUGAGACGACCUCGACCUCAACCGUCCAGUCAUCAGCAGCUGGAGGGGGUGGAGAAAAAAAAAGGACGAGGUUUGAGAAGACUGAACGAAGCACAUGUGGAGACAAACAGAAGGACACAUUGAUGUGAUGUGUAGACUUUUUUGUGCCUACAUGAACCAAGUAGUCAUUCAACAGAGAGGAGAGGUGGAGGGGGGGGGCAGUUUUCAUUCAGCGCUUUGUAUAGUUAUUGUCUUACUACAGGGAUUUACCUCAUGCUAUUUUUUAUGAACAUUUGGGGAAUCAUACACAGGAAUAAAAAACACCUUUGUUUUAUUUAUAUGUUACUUUGGAUGCCGGUUGAUGAGGGAGGUAGAAAGAGUUAUGAUGAGCAGGGAAGUAGAUAGAUAGAGUCGUGACCAAUAAUUGUGAGCAUUUCGCUUUUUUCUCCGCCGCACUUUGUGUCAGAAAACUAGACGAGACAUCAGGAACGUGUCUUAAAUGUAAAUAAGCUUCCUUCUGUGUCGUGCAGGUAAAAGAAAGGAGAGUAUUUGGAGAGGUCACUAAUGUUGCGUAUCAACCUUGGAUUUUUUGGUUCACAGCGUUCCCAAGCAGCAGAUCAGAUAGAGCUCGGUUCAUAAUGACAUUUCUUCUUUUGUUUGGGGUAAAGAUACACUCUUUAUCUGUUGAUAUAUGCGUUUCUGACAGUUCAGAGCACUCUUGUCUUAGCUUUGGUGCUUCACUGGUGAUUAGUUGUACAUGUGGGAGACAGUAUCAGCUUUUUAUUUACAGUUCAGGGAGGAGUGUGGAGGUUCCUCCUUUCAGUCCCACACGGAGGAGAACUGCCCAAAGCCGAACUCUCCUUUUGCUCUUGAAAUAAACAAACGACGACUUUGUGUAUAAAAAAAAUCAAAAAGAAGAUGUACCAUAUUCUCGGUAUUUAACUGUUGAUAUUAUACAUGAUAUACGGGAUACACUUUGGGUGUUUUGUAGAUGUUUUUGUUAUCGCUAGGUUAAAUGGAAUAUGAACACUAGAUUGUACUGACGUUCGUUUUUUGUGAAACCAGGUGCUGAGCAGCACUCAACUGAACACCUCCAUGACAAUCACACCGACAGGAAGCUGUGCUCCCUGGCCGGCUGAGACAUGUUGGCUUACAUUCAGCAGAGAUCUGGACGUUCCUCCACUUUAAUGCGUUUGUAAAAAUAAUGCUAGACUGACAGCUCAUUCAGUCACAUCAGAGGCUUUUAUUUGACAUCUGAUUCCUUUUAUGCCAAAUGUUUUGUUUUUUUUAUUUAAAUCUCACAUUUGAAUCAAAUGAAUCGUUCUGGGGUGUCUGAAUGAGACGAUAACGACGAUCCUCUGAAGACUGAGGGAAAUGAAGGUUUAGGUUGAUGUGUGCUUUGGUUUGGGAAGAGAAGCAACUUUUCCAGCUCUGUGGGGGCGGCCAUAUUGCACACACACCAAGCCAAAGCUUCCAUUUCAUUCUUGCUUAAAAGCCAUAAAUGCCACCAAGACUCACACAAGCUUUUUUUUUUUCAAACUUGCUGCUAAACCUCAUUUACACUCCUUUGAAUUUCAACACAGUCCCAAAGCCGUCAGGAUCCUCCAUGUCAGCGUUUCAGGCCGGAACAAUGGAAGUUUCUUCAGUACCUUAUUUCUGCUUCUUGAAUGUUUCCACUAGGUGUCAUCUCAGCGAUUUCAUCGUCAGUCUCAAAGCUUUUCAAUACAAAGCCGUGAUGAUCAGAAAAUUCAUCCCAAGUUACCAAAUAUUCAAACGAGCGGUGGAGAGGUUCUCAUAAGGGAGAAAAACUAAAUAUAUUUUGCUUUUUGGACUUCUAGGCUGACAAAGAUUUUAAAAUCAGCCUCACUUUAAGUUAUAAAGUCAGGAAAAAUAAUCAGUUUAGAGUUGAGAAUUCUAGUUACAGCUGCAGUCGUAGAUGUUCUGAACUUGCUUUACACAAACAGAAAUGGUCACACGGGCGUAAACCCUGCAGUGUGCUUCAUUGUCUUGUUCUUAAAUCAGUCCCUCAGAGAGCUUAGUCUUUGUGUCGUUCAGGUCUUGUCGCUUUCACCGACUCAUUUCGUGUGUCACUCAUUGCGUCCUUCUGACUACACACUCCCCAGUAGACAGAAUCUAAAUCUGUGAAUGUAAACCCAGCAACAUUCAGUCCUGGUGAGAUGCUCUUGUCAUCAGUUAUUGAUUAAUGAUACAUGAUAUGACUUAAUAGUCAGUCUUUGUCUUACAUCACAGCAGCUCCAUUUACAAAAAUAGAAAGACAAGGUCACAAAGAAACACGUGUAGACGCAACAUUUCAAAACACCAGACAGCAUCUUCAGAGGCCUUCAACAUACUUCUAUCUGGGAUUAGACCGGUGAACAGUGGCGUGCUUCAGUCUGACCUCAUUAAAAACCUGGGACCCUGCGUCUCAGGUCGGGUGGUAUUGAUCACAGUGACUGUUUCGAUCACGGUUAGGGUCAGAGACAAUGUUAGCCAGCCUUAUUCUGCUCUUAUUGUAGGCUGACUGGGAGUCGAGGCGGAUUCAGACUGAACAGAUAUUAUGCCAUAAAACACUAAAAGUGAUGUUUGUCAUUUAUGCAAGGCUAAUCCUUCUGUAGCUCCCGUAUCUCUCGAUACAGAAGCUGCUCUGCAAAUUUAGACCCUCUCCUUCAUGUUUAGCUGAACUGUUUGUACUUGUUAUCCUAUGCUGUAAAAGUUCAGUCACUUGUAAACUCGGUGGGAGGUUCGGGCAGUUUGCAUGUUUUCCUUCUUCCUAAACCAUUUUACACACGUGCUGAGUAUUCACUGUGUAGCUGCCUUGGAUUGGGUGGAGAUGCUUUUGUUGGAAAUCACCGAAAACUUAAACCCAACUCAAGUCAUGACUUUGCACAUCAGCUCUGAAAACCACACGACAGUGACUUCAGACUCUUUGCCCAUGAAUGAGUAGUGGAUGGAAUUAGGAACUAGUCCCGCCCCCCCCCCCCCCCCCCCAAAGAAGACCACCUCUUCCUUUAAUGUGUUUGAGGGUUCAGUGUAGUUUCACCUGCAGCCACAUGAGGGCAGUAGAUGGAUUCUCGCUUUGCUGUCUCUGCCCCGUGUCGUCGUCUCCUUGACAAUGAUCAUUCACAACUUGCUGUAAAAGCCAUUUUCAACAUGGUUUGUGUAAAUGUGAACAUGUUAGAGAUCAUACGAACUGAAAUAUGCUGCUGCACCACAUAAUUUUAUAAUGUUUUCAAUAAAAUUUACUAGAAAACCAAAA